GGACUCGCUCACAUCAAGGAUCCUGCUGCUUUUGAGAAGACUACAAAAUCGAGUUUUUGUCUCGAGAUUCACUCUGGCAACCCAUGAGGUUAAUCGAUUACAUUGGGAAAUUAACUCUGUAGAAACGCAGGUGGUCAGCUCAGUCACGCACCAGUCAGCAGCAGAGCUGGAAUUCAAGUCAGACUCUGGACCACGUGUUUCAAGGCCAGAGACAGCCGGGCGCCUGCACGCAUUCCCCAGGUGAAGUCCACUCUAUGAAGAAUUUUUUCAACAGUAUGAGCUUCCAUGAACCUGGGAAGGGGAGCAAGUCCCAGUGAGUAUAAAGGUGGUGACAGAAAGAAUGUUCAAACAUCUUCGGAAAUGGUUCGUCACUCGCUUUUUUGGGCAUUCUCGACAAAGAGCAAGGCUGGUUUCCAAAGAUGGAAGGUGCAACAUCGAAUUUGGCAAUGUGGGGGCACAGUCGAGGUUUAUAUUCUUUGUGGACAUUUGGACAACCGUGCUUGACCUCAAAUGGAGAUACAAGAUGACCAUCUUCAUCACAACCUUCUUGGGGAGUUGGUUCCUCUUCGGUCUCCUGUGGUACGCCGUAGCCUACAUUCACAAAGAUCUCCCUGAGUUCCAUCCUUCUGUCAACCACACCCCUUGUGUGGAGAACAUCAAUGGCCUGACCUCAGCUUUUCUGUUUUCUCUGGAAACGCAAGUGACCAUUGGAUAUGGAUUCAGGUGCGUAACAGAACAAUGUGCCACUGCCAUUUUCCUGCUUAUCUUCCAGUCUAUACUUGGAGUCAUUAUUAAUUCUUUCAUGUGUGGUGCCAUUUUAGCCAAGAUCUCCAGACCCAAAAAACGAGCCAAGACCAUUACAUUCAGCAAGAAUGCAGUGAUCAGUAAGCGGGGUGGGAAGCUUUGCCUCCUAAUCCGAGUGGCUAAUCUUAGGAAGAGCCUCCUCAUUGGCAGUCACAUCUAUGGCAAGCUUCUGAAGACCACCGUCACUCCUGAAGGAGAGACCAUUAUUUUGGACCAGAUCAAUAUCAACUUUGUAGUUGAUGCUGGGAAUGAAAAUUUAUUUUUCAUCUCUCCACUGACAAUUUACCAUGUUAUAGAUCACAACAGCCCCUUCUUCCACAUGGCAGCAGAAACCCUUUCCCAGCAGGACUUUGAAUUAGUGGUGUUCUUAGAUGGCACAGUAGAAUCAACCAGUGCUACCUGCCAAGUUCGGACAUCCUAUGUCCCAGAAGAGGUGCUUUGGGGCUACCGUUUUGCUCCCAUAGUAUCCAAGACCAAGGAAGGGAAAUACCGAGUGGAUUUCCAUAACUUUAGCAAGACAGUUGAAGUGGAUACCCCUCACUGUGCCAUGUGCCUUUAUAAUGAGAGAGAUGCUAGAGCCAAGAUGAAGAGAGGCUAUGACAACCCCACCUUUGUCUUGUCAGAAGUCAAUGAGACAGAUGACACGAAAAUGUAACAGUGGCUUUUCAACAUGAGUAAAAGUUUCAAAGAUAA